AUGGCCGAGACGAGAGACCCCAAGCGCCCGCGCGUGGCCGCCGACCCGGUCGAGCACCUUCCCGCCGGCAUCACCGAGACCCAGGAGGAGCUCAAGGAGCAGUGGUUCGUCGGCAGCAUCGACCAGGGCACCACCUCGACGCGCUUCCUCAUCUUCAACGGCCUCGGCGACCCCGUCGCCAUGCACCAGAUCGAGUUCGAGAACCACUACCCGCACUCGGGAUGGCACGAACACGACCCCCUAGAGCUUCUCUCCUCCGUCGAAGAGUGCAUCGAAAAGGCCACGGCCAAGUUCAUCGCCGAGGGCAACUCGGUCUCCGCCAUCCGCGGCGUCGGCAUCACCAACCAGCGCGAGACCACCGUCCUCUGGGACGCCCGCACCGGCGAGCCCCUCCACAACGCCCUCGUCUGGCCCGACACCCGCACCACCCCGAUCGUCCGCGAGCUCCGCGCCCGCCCCGGCGCCGACCGGCUCCAGGACCUCUGCGGCCUGCCCCUCUCGACCUACCCGUCCAGCGUCAAGCUCCGCUGGCUCCUCGACAACGUCCCCGCCGUCCGCGAGGCCUACGACGGCGGCUACCUCGCCUUCGGCACCGUCGAUUCGUGGCUCAUCUACCGCCUCAACGGCGGCGCCUCCCUCGGCGACAAGGCCGUCCACGUCACCGACUCGACCAACGCCAGCCGCACAAUGUUCAUGAACCUCCGCACGCUGCAGUACGACGACGAGCUCCUCGCCUUCUUCGGCGUCGACCGGUCCAAGAUCCGCCUCCCCAAGAUCGUCCCUUCCUCCGACCCGACCGCCUUCGGCUCCCUCGCCCGCGGCGUCCUCAAGGGCGUCCCCAUUGCCGGCUGCCUCGGCGACCAGUCCUCCGCCCUCGUCGGCCAGUGCGGCUUCUCCCCCGGCCAGGCCAAGAACACCUACGGCACGGGCUGCUUCCUGCUGUACAACGUCGGCAACGAGCCCGUCAUCUCAAAGUCCGGGCUUCUGGCCACCGUCGCCUACGACUUUGGCAAGGGCCGCAAGCCCGUGUACGCGCUCGAGGGCAGCAUCGCGGUCGCGGGCUCUGGCGUUAAGUUCCUCGUCAAGAACCUCGGCUUCGUCGACGACUCGACGCGCAUCUCCGAGCUGGCCGAGACCGUCCCCGACAACGGCGGCGUCGUCUUCGUCACGGCCUUUAGCGGGUUGUUCGCGCCUUACUGGAUCGAUGACGCCAAGGGAACGCUGUUCGGCAUCACGGCGCACACCCAAAAGGGCCACAUUGCGCGCGCGACCCUCGAGGCGACGUGCUACCAGACGAAAGCCAUCCUCGACGCCAUGGCCAAGGACUCGGGCCACGCCCUCGAGUCCCUCGCCGUCGACGGCGGCCUCUCCAACUCGGACCUCUGCAUGCAGAGCCAGGCCGACAUCAGCGGCAUCCGCGUCGACCGCCCUGGCAUGCGCGAGACCACGGCCCUCGGCGCCGCCAUCGCCGCCGGCCUCGCCCUCGGCGUCUGGAACGAGCUCGCGGACCUCAAGCACGUCAACCAGAGCGGCCGCAAGAUCUUCACCCCGUCGCUCGAGAAGGAGAAGACGGACAAGAUGUUCAAGAAGUGGGAGCAGGCCGUUGAGAUGUCGAGGGGCUGGGUGCGCGAUACCCUGGAAUAG